GUCGGACCUGCGCCUCGAGGUGUGUGCGCUGCCGCCUGGCACGUCGCGGCAGCCGUCGGCGGCCGAGCUGCGGCGCGCGCGCCUCAGCCCGGCGUGGUUCAAGGAGCGCGUGCUGGGCGCCGCCGGCGAGAUCGUCGACCGUCUCGUCGAUGCGCGCUCGGCGCAGUGCCGCUGGACGGUGCACCGCCCGGUGCGCGGGUGAGUCGUCGUGUGCGCUGCUGGAAGCGGGCCGGAUGGCAGGCACGGCAUACACUGCUGGCUGGGAUGAGGUGGCGGGCACGGCAUGCGUUGCAGCACGGGCCGAGCUGGCGGGCUCGGCGUGCAGCCUGCGCCGACUGACGGGAAUGGCACCUUGCGGUCCGGGCCGAGAUGGCAGGCGCGGCAUGCGUUGCGGUCCGGGCCGAGAUGGCAGGCACGGCAUGCGUGCGGCUCCGCUGGUCGCUUCUCUGAUGACUCUCUGCGCUCUGGGCUGACCCCGUGCCGACUUAGCUGGUACCUGCACCUGCGCUCGCCGUCCUUGCCGGCCGGCUCGGCCAUCCCGCUGCGCCCUUCGCGACACGCGGCGUCGGACCUCAGCGCCACGCCGCUCACCUUCUCGCUCGGCACGCGCAUCGACCGCGGCGCCCUGCAGGCGUGCGUGCCGUUCCUCGACGCCGAGAGCGAGCAGGCCGGUCGCGCCACGUGGGACGUCGUCGACCUCGGCAAGCCCUCGUCGCCUCACGCAGAGAGCAGCACUCGCAACAAUUCGACGCCGACAAAGCCAGCGCUUGCGUCUGCGCGCCGAACGCCUUCGUCUGUGCCCGGCGACCGCCAGCACAUCCGCCGGCGCUCGGCCGCUGGCAGCGGGACGCACGAUCCCGCCGCCUCGAAUGGGCCGCGACACUCGGGCCUGGCGUCGGCCAUCGCCACGCCGCGGCUGGGCACGGCCUUUGAGGAAGAGGCAGACGCACCGCACGCCGACCGGCCGUACGAGCCGUCGACGCCGCGCAGUGUGCCGCGGCCGCAGUCGGCCGGCGAGGCGGCGGGCGCACGGGAGCGCUCGCCGCGCAGCUGCGCCUUCGUCAUCACCGACGGCGCCGGCGCGCAUGCGUCCGGCUGGACGGCCGCCGACGGCGCAGCGCCCGGGCGGCAGGGCGCGGGCGAUGCGCGGCUCAGCUGGGCGCGCUGGGCAUGGGGCCUGCUGCCGGCGCCCGUGCGGCCGGCGCUCUCGCUCGACACGAGCAAGACGUUCUCGCUGCGCUGGGUCGACCCGCCGAGCCGCACAGCGAGCAGCGGCCCGCACGACGCCAGCACUGGCGCGCCGACGGCCUCUGACAGCAUCGAGAUCCUGCGCUUCGAGGACACGAGCGGCUGGUGGCUCGGCGCCAAGACGCACGGCGUCCUCACGCUGCAGGAGCAGGCGAUGCGCGCGCUGGGCCUCGAGCGCGCCUUCUGGGUCGCCGUGAGUGCUGCGUGGAAUGGUGCGACCGCGGCCUGGCUAACCCUGCGCGGCAGGUGGCGCUUGGCUACCUCGAGUUCCUCGAAGAGCGCGAUGUGAGCCGCACCGCCUGUGCUGCAGCAUCACGCUCGUCGCUGAUCUCCGUGCCAGGGCUACAACGCAGCGGCCGACGGCUGAUCUCCUGUCACGCGCUCUAGACGGGCAGGCCCAGUGCUGGUCUCCACUGCGCUGCAUCUGCCCCUGCCCUUGCAUCGAUACCCCUCACC